GAACAUCCAUGGCUGCUCUCAGAAUCUAGAUAGAGAAAACUACACACACGACUAUACUGAUAUAAAAGAAGUGAAGAUAAUGAUUUUAGCUCAGCUUCCAAGACUUCAUCUCUCCAUCUUCGCCAAAUCCCAUUUCUCUCUCGCUUCUUCGCAUUUCAAUCUCAUAAACCCUAACCCGCCGGUUAAGCUAGCCAAAACCCUUUUCUCCAGUCUCGCCACGGUUGAACCCGUACCACUGCCGGUCUCGGAUUCAUCCCAUCUAGAAGAUGCUCCGAUGGAGAUUCCGCUCGACAAGCUUUUUAUUCCGCCGGAGACGGAUAUCUCCGGCGACGACCCGUCGAGGCUGGCGGCUAGGAUACUGAAGGGCUCGAACAUAGUGCUGAGCAAGUACGCUAGAGACGCACAGGUGGUCCAGGCAGACUAUGUGAAGAGCAGUGUCCGGACGGAAGAUUGUCCGGCCGAUGGGCUGCCGGAGUUCGCGCUUGUCGGGAGGUCCAAUGUUGGGAAAUCCUCGCUGCUCAAUUCGUUGGUGAAAAGGAAACGACUUGCCUUGACGUCUAAGAAACCUGGAAAGACGCAAUGCAUUAAUCAUUUCCGGAUCAACGACAAUUGGUACUUGGUCGAUUUGCCUGGAUACGGGUAUGCAUCAGCACCGCAUGAGCUCAAAAAAGAUUGGAACAAAUUCACCAAAGACUAUUUCCUGAACAGAUCAACAUUAGUCUCAGUAUUUUUGCUAGUUGAUGCCAGCCUUCCUGCAAAGCAAAUCGAUCUUGACUACGCUAGCUGGCUUGGUCAAAACCAGGUUCCGAUGACUAUGGUGUUCACGAAAUGCGACAAGAGGAAGAAGAAGAAAAACGGAGGGAAGAAACCGGAGGAGAAUAUAAAGGAGUUCCAAGAUUUGAUCCAAGGGUUCUUCGAGACAACACCACCAUGGAUUAUGACCAGCAGUGUGACAAACCAAGGCAGGGACGAGAUAUUGUUGCAUAUGGCUCAGCUAAGAAACUACUGGCUCAAACACUAAAGAACCCAGCCAACCACAGUUCUUCAGAUUAUCAAUUAAUAGGAGUAAUAAAGAACAACGAAAAACAGUUAAUGUACCAUUUCUUGGGCAAUGUU